UGUAUUUUUAUUCUUAUGUAUCGUAUUUUUUUCAUUUUUCUUGCCAAAGAAUUUUUUAAUGUAAUUUAUUUUGCGCGGAACAUUAGGUCAGUUUUAGCGCCAUUCACUUGUAGACAAAUGUAUAUUCACCUGACAAGGUCAGCGAGUCUUCUCUCCUGCCCGCUUUUUAUCAUUACGCAAACUCAAUGCACGGUACAUUACUAAGAACAGAUCGUAGCAGGUAAAGGAAUAUCUCUGGCAAAUGAUCCAUGUUUCUCUCGUGCAUCAUCCCGGUGAAUGAUCCAGUAUAACUUUGUGUAUUGCCAAAAUGGACAGACACGACCAUAACCAAAGUUAGACAAUUAUAAAAUGCGGUUAUAUGACGGAACCUUCAUAAUACACUAAUUUUAGUUUUAUUACGAGUUAUAUAAUUCUGAUGAUUUAUAAUUCUGAUCAUUUUUUAUUUACACGACCGAUUGUGAUCGCUCACGUGACGAAAACAAUAAGCAAACGAUGAAAAAUUAGUAUAAUAUUUCUAAUGUUUUCAUGAAAGUCAAAAAAUAUGUUCAUAUCGUCGUGCAAAUGGCGAGAUAUUAAAACAUGAUGCAUAUAGAUAAGCUUGAAAAUCUCGAUAUAAGUUUUAUACGCUCGAAGAUACUUCCGAUGAGUUAUGACAUUAUUACGUAAACACAGCAUUCAUAAUGACAUGUGUUGAUUUCUGAACUAGUCACAAGAUAAAACAAUGUGAAGCAAUUUUGAAUAAUACAAUACUACAGAAUACGGACCAAUACAUAUACUGAACUUAUUUUUCUAAUUAACAAAAAGUUUUAACUGUGAUUACAAUUGGAUGUAAGUACAAUCGCUAAUUAAUGAAAUUUAUUAUCACUGACAUGAUGUGCCGUGCUAGUGAUAACCUCUGUGCAGAUAUAUUGCAAAAAUAUCAAAAUACUGCUAUAUAUUACAAAUAUCUGGAAUAAAUUAUAAUUGUAGUUGUGUAAUUGUGAUAUUCUUUAUAAAAGAGAAUUUGCACAAAUACUGUUGCGAUAUUAUUUUGCAAUCAUCUGUGUGUCAAAAAUUGCAGAUAUUCUUUAAUAUAAAUAUUCUGUACCUUAACUAUAAAGUAACAAGUACAGAAAAAAAAAGUGGAUUUGUACGAAUAUUGCAUCACUGUUGCAAACAAUAGUGUUUAAAAAUCCAUCAGUAUUAUCGUGAGAAUAUAUUUAAAAACAAAACUUAUAUUAAUUAUGUUAUCGUUAUAUCUCGUUGGUUGCUCCUACUGGUAAGGAUAAUGUAUAUAUAUGCAUCGAAACUCACUCUGAAUGAUUAAUAGUCGAGAUCUUUACAAUGGAACGUUGGUUGGGAAAAGUCGCGCUCGUCACCGGUGCGAGCAGUGGAAUCGGCGCGGACAUCGGGCGAACACUCGCGAUAAACGGGAUGAAGGUAAUCGCUGUCGCACGACGGAUGGAAAAGUUGCAAGAACUGGCCGCGGAUGUUCAAAGGAAAUGCAACGCGAAAUUACAUCCCAUACGAUGCGACGUUCAAAAAGAAGAGGACAUUCUCGAGGUAUUCAAGUGGGCGGAAAAACAUCUGAAUGGUGUUGAUGUUUUGAUUAACAAUGCUGGUGUCCUCUCGACGGCGUCGCUUUCAGAAGAGAGCACGGAAAAUUUGCAAAAAAUUUUGAACGUAAACGUGCUCGGGACGGCAAUUUGUUCGCGCGAACUUAUUCAAUCCGUCAAGAAACGGAAAACAUCAGGUCAUAUCAUAAAUAUAAGCAGUAUAACCGGACACAUUGCAGACUUUUUGUCAACAAAUAUGAGUAUAUAUCCGGCCAGUAAAUAUGCAGUAAAAGGUAUGGCAAUGUCUUUACGCGGCGAUUUGGCAAGAGAAAAGUUGGAUGUAAAAGUCACGAAUAUUAGUCCCGGAGUUGUGAAAACGGACAUGAUAACAAACGUGCCCAGUGUUACGAUGAAUCCUAUGCUGAAUGAUAAAGAUAUUUCGAACACGGUCAUCUAUAUUCUAAGCAUGCCGCAUCAUGUACAGAUAUGGGAUGUAAUAAUAACGCCGUUUCAUAAAGCACUGCCUAAUCACGAAGAACGCUGAAUCACUUUAACUUCAAUUUUUUUGAUACGAAACAGCUCAAUAAAAAAAUAUUUUNGUGCUAACAAAUAGAGAAAACAAACAUGCAAACGAAGAGAAGUUUCAAGCAGACUCAAUCUGAAAUCUGUAGUAGAGCUCGUAGAUUCUACCUCUCUACUUAUACGCCAGUCUAAUUUUAAUUAGAUAAGCAAAUAGCUCGUUGCGAAACUCUUACUGGAAGCGCGUAUCCCACAAAAUAAAAAUAACUUAUUCCGAGCGUGAAUACGUGCCUUCAAAAUGAUUAUAUCUCUAAGCGUAUAUUUGUGUCAAUCAAAAAAUUAAACUAAUACACCUCAAACUUGUAUUGAAAGUUGAAGAAUAAAUAUAUAUUUCUUAGUUUGUAUUUAUAAUAAUGUAUUUAUAAUGAAAUGUGUCUAACAUUGCGUUACAUUUUAUUCUAUAUGUGUUUUUAUUCCUACGUAUUGUACGAAUUUUCUUCGUUUGGUUUUUUUGCCAAAGAAUUGUUUAUUGUAAUGUAAAUUUAUUUCGCGCGGAAAACUAUGCAUCAAUGUUAGCGCUAUUCACGCUUACAGAGACAAGUGUAUAUCCGCUUGUGAUACGCAAGGUCACGAGCAUCUUCUCUCCCGCACGCCUCCCAUCGUUACGUAAGCUCGAUGCUUGAUACGAUAAUAAGAACAGACCGUAACAGUCCGAAGUACGUGUUUGCUAGUCCUUCGGUAAAGGAAUAUCUCCGCUAAAUGAUCCGUGUUUCUCUCAUGCAUCAUCCCGCUGAGAGAUCCUGUUUAACUUUGCGUAUUACCGAAAUGAAGACACGGUCGUAACCAAGAUUAGACAAAGUCAAUUAGUUCAAGGAUCCAGCGCGAUCCGCGUUUUCUGUUAUAGCAUUAAACCGUUCUGACAUAUUCCGCGUUAUCGUUUAUGAUUUACACAUCCGAUAAUAAAUAGCACACGCGAUGAAAACGAUAAGCGAAAGAUUAUUUCCGAUGUUUUUCUUUAUAAAAGUCGAAUAAUAUUCUUAUAUUAUUGUACAAACAACGACAUAUAGAAACAUGAUGCGUGCAGAUAAAAUUGUAAAAAACUCGAUAUAUGUUUUGCGCAAAGAUAAUUUUUCCAGNCGCAAGAUAAUUACAACUACUGCGUCGUUACGAUGUGUUGCAUUGAUUUGAAAAAAAAGUUACAAGAUGAGAUAAUGUAAGACAAUUUCAAACAACACUACNAUGCUACUGAAUGCAAAACAGUACAUGUAGCGUAGUUAUACUGUGAUUAAUGACUGAGUGCAGUCGAUGAUUGCUCUAGGAAUAAA